AUGUCUCUGGAACCUAGGACAUAUGUCCUUUUCCUUUUUCUGAGCCAUGGAGUGGCAAGUCUCAGUGCAAAUUCCAGCCAGGGUUUGCAUCCAUCGCUGCAGAAAAUGGCAGAAGAAGUAAUAGAUGGAAACUAUCUGAAUGCAUUUCUGGAUCUCAUACAGUUUCAAAGCUCCCACCCGUGGACGGCAGACCUGCCCCACGCAGUCCUGGCCUACCUGAACGCGCGGAACGCGGCCUUCACCGCCCCCAGCCUGCAGGCAGCCGUGGAGCAGCACCUGCAGCAGCGCCUGUACCGGCCCCAGCAGCUGCGGGAGGACCUGCGGGGAGCAGACGCCCAGCAGUUCCGCACCGCCAUGCAGUGUGUCUGGGAGGACAAGAAGGACCGCUGGGAGCUGGAAGGCAUCGUCGUGGACUUGGGAGCGAUUCGGAGACAAGCCCUGCAGAGCCCGGGCGUGAACCGCAGCCUGCUUCUCAUCGCGCUGGAGAGGUGCUUCCAGGAGCUGAGCGCCCUGGAGUGCGUGGAGGUCCUGGGCGCGCUGCUGCGGGGGUCCCCGGGCAGCUUCCUGCAGCCCGGCCUCCCCGCCAGGCUGCCCCCCGGCCUGCGCCAGGACGCCUUCAGGAACCUGUCCGCGGUGUUCAGAGACCUCUACGACCAAACCUCGGCCCGGACCCAGGGAGCCCUCUACUCCUGGAUGGCCGGCGAGCUGCGGGCGUCCUCCAGCGCCACCGAUGGGGCUACUUCCUGGGUCAGCGCAGAAAACUUGUGGAUUUUGGGCAGAUACAUGGUCCACCUGCCCCUGGAAGAAAUUACGAAAAUCAGUCCUGUGGAAAUGGGGCUGUUCAUCAGCUAUGACAACGCCACCAAGCAGCUGGACACGGUCUAUGACAUCACGCCGGAGCUGGCCCAGGCGUUCCUGGAGCGGAUCGGCUCCUCCGGCUUCGACAUGAGGAACGCCUCUACCGUCCACAGGCAGGGCCUCGGAGCUUAUGCCCUGCGCCCGGUGCCAGGCCCUCUCCUCUCACACAGGCUGGGGCUGCUCGUUUGUUUCCAUGGAGACCUGGAGCUGCUGGACGCCGCCCUGGCCCGAGUCCUCCUCCACCAGAUGAUCAAGUGCAGCCGUCUCCGGGGCUUCCAGGCUCGUGUCCAGAAGCUCAAGGCCGACCUCCUGGGCAUUGCCACGGAGAACCAGACGCUCAACGAGACCCUGGGCUCUUUGUCGGACGCGGUCGUGGGCUUGACCCCCAGUCAGCUGGAGGCCCUGUCCCCCGAGGCUGUGCACGGCGCCAUCUCCACCCUCAGCCAGGUGUCAGGCUGGGCCAAGAGCCAGGUGCUCAUCUUGUCCGCCAAGUACCUGGCCCAUGAGAAGGUGCUGUCCUUCCACAGCGUCAGCCAGAUGGGCGUGCUGCUGGCGGGCGUCGGCGCCCAGGCCCUCUCGGGCAUGGACCCCAGGGCCCUGGCGCAGGUCCUGAGAAGCGCCGGCUCCCUGCACGUGUCCAGUCUGUCGCCGGCCCAGCAGCAAGGCAUCCUCAGCAAGGUGGCCGGAGCGGGAGCGGGCGCCCCGGCUGUGGCGGAAGUCCCAGGGGCUCUCUUUGAGGAGGUGUCCCUCUUUGACUUGAGGAGGGAACUCGGACUCAACUCCACUGUCCUAAAGGAGAAGGCGCUUCGGAGGGGUCAGGCCUUGUUCCUGUAUGAGCUGCUGUCCCAGACCAGCAGGCCCGCCGAGCUCCUGAGUGCCGGGCAGCUGGUCAAGGGCAUGGCGUGCUCCCACAUCGACGCCCUGAGCGCCGACUCCUUCCUGGCCCUCUCCCAGUAUUUUGAGAACAACCUCGCUCUGCUUUCACCGUAUCAGGUUAAUUGUUUGGCGUGGAAAGCCUGGGAGGUUUCCAGGUCCUUCAUGCAGCCCUUCCUCUUGGCUGCGCUCCCGGCUCGCUACCUGGCGUCCGUGCCAGCCUCCCGCUGUGUGCCCCUUCUGAUCGGCCUGGGGAGGAUUCGGUUGGAAGCCUUGGUGUUAGAUCCCCACAAAAGGACUCUGGUCCUCAGGAAAGUGCAGCAGUGCCUGAACAGCUCCAUUGCCGACGAGUACACCGUGGACAUCCUGGGGAACCUGCUCUGCCACGUGCCGGCGGCCGUCAUCCAGCACGGAGUGUCCCCCAGGGCCUGGGCCACGGCGCUGCACGGCCUCAGGGCCUGCCCAGACCUGAGCCCCGAGCAGGGGGCUGCGGUGAGGCUGCGGCUGCUGGAGCAGCACGGACCCCCUCAGAACUGGACAGCCGAGACGACGAAGGACUUGGGACCCUUUCUAGUACUCUUCUCAGGAGAUGAAUUAAGCUCUGUCGCCACAAAGUUUCCUGAUAUCCUUCAACAAACAGCUUCCAAGAUGGUCGGGAUCUUGCCCCCCAAAGAAUUCCUCUGGGCUGUCUUUGAAUCUGUUCGGAACAGCAGCGAGAGGGGCCCUGGCACCGACCCCAGCCCUGGUUGCCAUGGAGUUGAAGCCCCCUCUUCCGACGACAUCUUCAGGUUGGCCGAAGCCAACGCCUGCUGGGCCCCCCGGGACCUGCGCUGCCUGGGGGAGGCCACGUUCCUCAGGAGCGUGGAGCGCCUGGGCGCCGUUCGGGGCUUCCUCCAGCCUCAGCUGACCGCCCUGAAGGAGAAGGCGAUUCAGGUCUGGGACACGCCUUCUUCCUGGCGAGAACGCCACAUCGUCGCGCUGGGCCGCAUUGCUCUGGCUCUGAAUGAGAGCGAGCUGCAGCAGCUGGACCUCAGCUCCAUCGACACCGUGGCUUCCCUGGGCCAGCAGUCAGGAUGGACCCCAGGACAGGCUAGAUCCAUCCUGCGCGGCUUCCUGGAGGACUCAGGCUAUCGCAUCCAGGAUCUGAAGAGCUUCCACUUAGUAGGACUCGGUACAACUCUGUGUGCCAUGAACGUCACCGAAAUCUCACUUAUAAAGAUCUCAGAAUUCAGGGUGGUGGUGGCCAGAAUCGGGACCCUGCUCUGCAGCACCCCUGUCUUGGCCGAGUUCAAGAGGAAGGCAGAAGUGGUGUUCGGGGAUCCCACCAAGUGGUCCAGCUCUGUCUUGCAGGAACUCGGAACUAUUGCCGCCGGAUUAACGAAGGAAGAGCUCCGGGUGCUUGGCCAGGAUUUGAUGCCGUAUUUCCAACCAUCAGCAAUCAGAUGCCUUCCUGCUGAGAUAUUCAGAGAGCUCUCCGCCCGGCAGAUCGCGGCCCUGGGCCCCGAGAACGCGGCUGCCGUGACCCCGGCCCAGCGCCGCCAGCUCCGCGCGCCGCAGCUGCAGAGCCUCCAGCGGGCGCUAGAUGGCGCCAGGACGCGCCCCUCGCUGGAUGCUCCCCCGAGCGCAAGCCCCAGCCAGACCCCUUCCUCCCAUUCUCCCCCAGGGGCCUCCGCCGCCCGGGCCCUCUGGCUGGGCUGCCCGCUGCUGGUCCUAGCGCCCACGCUCCCGCGGUGAGCCGCCUGCUGGCACCCUCCAUGGCCCACGCCUGCCGGAGGCCUCGGCCCAGAGCCCCCCCAGCGCGGCGUGAACGAAGGUCCCGGAAGGCCACGCUGGCUUCGCGCUCGGCCCAGACCGCGGCCCCAUCCCAGCCUCUCGCCGGCCAGGCGGACAGAAGCU